UAUACAAUGGGGGAUGCUGUUCUUAUUCAAAAUCAUCUUGCCUCUCAAGAGGAAAUGGGUCUUGUAAAGAAAAACCUUGCACUUUCCUCGGAAAAGAUUGUUCUUCCUGAGAAAGAAGCACGGGAUAAGCCAAAGUGGGAAGGAAUUACUUUUUGUGUCUUCCAAGACGAGUCACAGCUCAAGGUGCUCAUGAGCCUGAUCGACAAGGAGCUUUCCGAACCGUACUCCAUUUACACCUACCGCUACUUUGUCUAUAACUGGCCAGACCUGUGCUUCUUCGCCCUGGAUGGAGAUCGCUAUGUGGGCGUGAUAGUGUGCAAGCUGGAAGCGACAAGAGAAGGACUUCUGCAGGGCUACAUCGCCAUGCUGGCGGUGGAUGUGGAGUACAGGAAGCGGGGAAUCGGAAAGGCACUCUCGGAAUUGGCCAUCGAAGCCAUGGCGAUGAAAGACGCAGCCAUGAUUGUCCUGGAAACGGAGCUGAGCAACAAGCCUGCCUUGGCGCUCUACCAAAGUCUGGGAUUUAUACGGGAACGGCGGUAUUUGCGUUACUACAUGAAUGGCGUGGAUGCCUUUCAUCUGAAGCUAAUGCUCCACGAUUUGGGUGCCUUGUCCUUGAACGAGGAUUAGUGUAGUUAGAGACAGUUUCCAGUUGUUAAUGAAUGCUUCUGAUCGGUUUCGAGUUGGUCCUCCCUUCUGACCUUUGCUCCGUUCCCUUCAAUUAGCGCCCCAGCGUGCUGCUACUUGGGAAGCCCAAUGGAAGAAGAGGCUCUGGAGUCCGGUCCGGGGACUCCUCAAAUCAGGUAGAUGAAACUCCGCCGCCUAAUUGAGCCGCAAAACGGCGAAUGUCGAUGGAAACUGGCAAGAGUCAUGCCGGGCUGGGUGAUCAAGCCGAUCGGCCAGAAGGGAUAAUUGCUUCUCAGGGUCAAAGUCUCGACACAUUAAGGAGCACUCGUCGCCUCGAUAAGGCUAUGCUUUGAUAGGUGGUCCUGCAUCGGCAUUCAUACCUUCAGAUUCAUUCAAACCAAAGAUCUCGAAGAAUGUUUUUCAGCAGUUAUUUAGAAGGUCGUUGUGGUAGAGUUGUUUGUUUUGAUGGGGCUCGUUUGAUAGUAAAUGAAUUUCUGGUGGCCCUCAAGUAUUUGUUGAUGUAUAUUAUGGCUUAAAUUGUCCGUACUACGAAACGCAUCUUUAG